CAGCGACCGCGCUACCGAACAGUCGCGAGACACACGACGCUCCGCUAAAGUCAGCCGAAUCUGCAUACGGGCAAAGGACUCUGCACCACAAAAGUGAUGUUCUUGAGACGGUUGUGUUGGUAAACCCGUCACAAGAUUCGGUUGUAUCGGAGAUCCAUUCUCUUGUAUCUGACCAAGCUGUGCACAAGCUACUUGUCCUGAGUGGGCAGAGCUUGGACCAAGGUGACCUGGUUCUGCAAACUGGAGUCUUUACUCAUCAAACCUUCUCACGUGUGUUUGCUGAUCCUGCGGUCAGUAAUCUUCUGGUUAAAGCCAGCCCUGGACACCAGCCUACACUGACCGUAUCUUGUCGUGGUGAGGCAGGCUGGAGUUCUAUAGGCCAACAGCAACAUAUUAGGGAGUUGCUGAUUUAUAAGCUGAAUCCUGAGCCCAUACUUCCUAAGAUGGAGGGGGUCACCGAGUUCACAGAGUACAUAUCUGAGACUGUGGAUGUACCAUCCCCAUUUGACCUUCUUGAGCCUCCCACCUCUGGAGGAUUCCUAAAGCUCUCAAAGCCUUGCUGCUACAUCUUUCCUGGUGGAAGAGGGGACUCGGCCCUCUUUGCUGUCAAUGGUUUUAACAUUCUGAUCGAUGGCGGCUCUGACAGAAGGUCAUGCUUCUGGAAGCUUGUCAGACAUUUAGAUCGUAUUGAUUCUAUUCUUCUUACACAUAUCGGUGCUGAUAACCUUCCCGGGAUCAAUGGACUCCUUCAGAGGAAGGUUGCAGAGCAGGAGGAGGAGGAGUCUCAAGGCUCCACCACGUACAGCGACUGGAUGAAGAACCUCAUCUCUCCAGAACUUGGAGUCGUAUUCUUCAAUGUGCCAGAGAAGCUUCGAACAUCAGAAUCGAAUUUGAAAGUCAAGCGGAGCAUUGAAGAAGCCUCUCUUACUUUGCAAUACCUCAACAAGCUGGGAAUCAAACCUGAGCCUUUAUCUCGAGUGGUUAGUAAUACGAUCGAGCCGAUAACUCUUUUUCACAAAAUGGGUGUGGGGAGGUUGGACAUGUUCGUCCUGAACCCUGUGAAGGACAGUAAGGAAAUGCAGUUCCUUAUGCAGAAGUGGGCAGGUAACAGCAAGGCUAAGACAGGAAUAGUGCUUCCCAAUGGAAAAGAGGGAGAAAUAUCUGUACCUUAUUUAACAUCUAUCACUGCUCUAGUAGUGUGGCUCCCUGCCAACCCCACAGAGAAAAUCGUAAGGGUUCUUUUUCCCGGAAAUGCACCACAGAACAAAAUACUUGAAGGGCUUGAAAAGUUGAAGCACCUUGACUUUCUGCGUUAUCCGGUUGCUACACAAAAAGACAUAUCUUCUGGACUCUCACCAACAGCUGUGAAGCAAACAAAGUUGAAGCAAAGAACUGAGAGCAAAGAAAGUCUUAAGUCAUCUCCUAAGACUCAUGCACCAAUGAAGCCUUCUAAGAAAGAAACAGACGAACACGAGGAUGUAUCUUUCAUCGAAACAAAGAGUGACUCUGUCAAGGAGAACAAGAUUGAGAAAAAAGAAGAAAAGAAACACACUAAACCACUGAAACCGAAAGGCGAAGUUGCAGAGAAGAAAAAACUACUGAAGGAGAAAUCUCUGAAAAAACACCCAAAGGAAAGGGUGUCAAAAAUGGAUGAAAAGAAAGACAAGGAAAAGAGAGAGGUAAAGAAAGAAAAACGUGACAUUAAAAAAGAUGACGGAAUGAAAAAAGAUGAGAAAAAGAUUAAAUCCAAGGACGUGUCAAAACCCGAACUGAGGAAAAUAACUAAACCUGACCUGAAACCCUUCACACCUGAGGUCAAGAAGACGCUCCACAAAGCUAAAACCCAGGUCAAAUGCAAAACGAUAAAAAGCAAACCUAAAACUACCAAAGUGGACAGUGCAGAGACUGUAGCCGCACCAGUGGUUAAGAAGAUUGAGCCUGAGGUACAAGAGAACAGAACAGAGGUUGUAUCUGCUCACUCUACAGAAGAUUUAACUAAGGACAUUGAUGAUUUUAGAUCCACUGAAAAAACUGAACAUUUUGAGGCUCCUAAAAGUGCCCUUACGAUCUCAGAAUUAGCAGCUGAAGAAACAGGAAGUCCCAAGACUGUAGACAAGAAAGAGCAGGAUCAUGUCCCUCAAACUGCAACAACAGAGAAAACAGAAAUCAAAGAAGCUGUACCUUCAGAAAUGCAAGAACAACGGCAUGAGCCCCAGGCGCCAGAAUUAGAGAAAUUUGAGGAUGAGGGUGCAGCUAUUGAAGAUGAAGAUGAGGAAGAGGUUGAAAUACAAGCUAUUAGAAAGACGAAAGAUGAUGAGGAGGAAGACAUGGGUAUAGGAGAUGAAGAGGAUGAAGGGGCAGAGAAAGAAACCAAAGACUUCGAAGGAAUGGACAGAAAGCAUGAAGUUGAGGAAAUGGAGAAGAAAAAACAGUGGGAGGAAGUAAAGACCAAAGCUGAGGAGGAGAUGUUUGAAGAUGAUGUGAUUGAAAAAGCUGAGCUAGAGGAAGCAGAAGAUUUGGAUGCCAUUGCAGAUGAAGAAAUAAAAUACUUCCCUGCUGAGAAAUUAAAGGAUGCUGAGGUCAAAGAAGAAGAUGAUGCAUACUUGUCAAAUGUUGAGGGUAUUACAUCAACUGCUCAAGGAGCUGCUGCAGCAGAGCACCUAUCAUAUAUCCAGGAUGAAACCAUUCCAGGUUAUCCAGAGACUGAGCAGACCAUCUCAGAUGAGGAGAUUCAUGAAGAAGCAGAAGACAGGAUACCACACCUCCAAUAUGAGGUUGGUAGCUAUGACGUCUCAGUCCCAGCCCAACCAGGCUCCUUUGAUGAUAUCCAAGGAGCGAGAGAAAUACAAGCAACUGCAAUGGGAAAUGAAACUGGCAAAGCACAGGAGCCAGCUAUUUCCAUCUACACCAGCAUUCUCGCAGCUCCGUUAGCUGAAGAGGAACAUGUUUCAUCAGCAACCUCCAUAACGGAGUAUGACAAGCUGUCCUCUUUACCCACUUCUGUUGCAGAAGAUCAGUCAGUAGCAUCAAUCACAGCUCCUCAGACUGAAGACACUGGAAAAAGUUCUCUGGUCUUAGACACCGUAAACAGCGUACAGCCUGUUGCUCAGAUCGAGGCCACCCAGGGGAAAGACUAUGUACAUUCAGCUGGAACCAUCUCACCAACAUCUUCCCUAGAGGAGGACAAGUGCUUCAAAUCUCCUUUUGAUGAAUCUCCUCCACUUCCCUUAGAAGGUAAAACAGAGGGAAUUGAGAUGGCAGCCCAUUGUGAUGACGAAGAGGAGGAUGAGUAUGAAGAUCAAACGCCAAAUGUUGACAUUUCACUCGGAAAGUUACAAGAAGGAUAUGCCUCGCCUGAUAGACUUGACAACGAGAAAGAAAUAGACACACCUAAAAGUCCAGUGCCUUUAGUUUCAGAUACUUCUGUUGAGAAAAAAUCCUUGCCUUCUGAGAUUGAGAUGAGGUCAGUUUCCCCAAUUAAGGAGGAGUCAUGUUUUGAAAAACAAACCACUCUAUUUUCCCCAAUGCAUAGUGUUUCUACGCCUACAGUUUCUGAAUCCAGCAUUUAUCCAGAGGUGGAAGACCGCUGCGUUAGUCCUGAUGACAGCACUGUUAAAAUGGCUUCUCCCACACAAUCUGGACCUCCUAGCACAUCUCACACACCUCUAAGAAUGUCACCUGUGGAAGGCAAGGAUAAACUCUUUAAAGAGUCCCAUCAGGAAAUACAAGAGCCAGUUAGCUCCACUGAAGUUAAACUGGAAAAGGAGAGUGAAAAACAAAAACCUGAUAUGUUAGACAAGAAGGAAAUACAUCAAGGAGAAGAGGAAGGCAAGAAAAGCACCCUGGAAAAUGAAGUGUCAACUUCUGCACUCCUUCGCUUUGGGGAAAAUGUUGAGGGCUCUUCUGCUGUAAAAGAAAUUGUAACAGUUUUACCAUCAAGAGAAACAGGUGGAGCUGAAAUAAUGCCUCAUCUAAGUGCUGAAAACAAGGACAGAAUUGAAGAGGACCUUAAAGAAAGCACUAAGCCAUUGGUCCUAGAGAAAAAAGAAGGCAAGUUAUCUGAGGAAGCUCAUGAUAUAAAUGCAUCCACGGAAAAAGAAGAAAAAAGAGAAAAGGAGAAAGAAAAGUGUGAGGAUGAGAGAGAUGUUGAAGAGAAGCACAAAGAGAAAGAACACACACUAACACAUGCAGAACUUACAAAACAUGAUGGUGUUAUAUCAGGACCAGAGAAAACAGCAUUACCUUUUAAAGAGGAUUCUGAUGAAAAAACAAUACAAGAGAAGUCGCAUGAUAAGAGUUCCCCAACAAUUCUGGAAAGAUCUGAAAUGGAGAAACAAAUUCAGGAAAUUGAACGAGAGAAAGCCGAACUAUCUUCCAAAUUGCUACAAGAAUCUAAAGAGAAAGAUCUGACUGAUUCAUCUUAUCACUCCCAAGAAACAGGUUUAGACAUCAAAGUAGAAACAUCAACAUGCCACGAAUCAUCUGAAAAAUAUAUAUGUGCAAAACAAGACACAGUAGAAUCAGAUAAAACAGCUAAACUGGAAAAGACAUCUGUGCUGACAUCAGAGUCAAUUGAAGUUAAACCAGACAUUUCAGGGGAAAGUGUUUCAUCGGUCUGUAAAAUAGACCAGACUAAGGACCUCAAAACUCAACUACAGCAAUUAACUGAAGGAACAGAUGUUGCCUUAAAAGAUGAUGAAAAUGCAGAAAGCAACAUUGAGUCUUGCAUGACAUCUGAGAAAAUCAUUUCAGCUGCUAAAGAACAUGAAGAAUCUAAAAGCACAGAGGAAAUAAAAUCUAAAACACAAGAGCAAGUCUCAAAACCAGAUUCUCAAUAUCUAAAUGUGCAUGUGCAAGAGAGUCAGCCUAUUACAGAGAAAAAUUAUUUAUCUGGUAAAGAUGUUGAAGAAACAAAAGAGAUCCCAACACAAGAGAAGGAAUCUCAUGUAUUAGGGGUAGCUCUAUGUGAAACUGAAAUAACUGUCAAACAAGAUGAAGGACAAAAGGAGAAGUUUUUGGAAGAAACACAAACUAUGGGUGUAGAAAAAAUAGACACACAAACUUUGGGUGUAGAAAUUUUUUACCAAAAAUCAGGAUAUGAAUCAGUAGAAGGCCAAACACAAAUUUCCCAGUCUGUCGUUUUACACGACACACAUGAAGAGGCUCAAAGUAGCCAAGAAAAAGAGAAAAAUAAAGAAGACACCAAAUCAAUAAUAUUAACUUCUGAUAAAACUGAUUCUACACCAAAACACCAUGAAUUUAAAGAUGAAGAAGCAGUCUUGAAAGAAGGUCAAGUCGAGCUGCCUGUCUCUAAGGAAUUAAGUUAUUUUGAUAAAGAGUAUCAACACUGGCAAGAAAAAGAGGUAGAAGAGAGCAUGGUAGUGACAGACAUCACCAAACUAACUACCAAACCUAUUGAAGAGUCUAAAGAACAUCAAACUUUUGGAACAACAGAUAUGUUUACUACUUCUAAAUCUGAAUAUGACUCUAAAAUGGAGAGCCAACCCCAGACAAUAACAUCAAAGGACGAUUCACAAGCUAAAGAAGAUGAAAUAAGUAAAGGCUUAGUUGUCAAAUCUGAACACCCAGUUCUGUUUGAAGACAUACCAUCAAAAGCAAAUGAAUUUAAAGAUAAGUGUGUGGAUGACAGUCAGAUCUCUAAAGAUACAACACCAUCUAAGAAAACAGAUUCUGCUGCUAAACAAGAUGAGCUGUAUGAAGAGAAAAAAAUUGAAGAGACUGUUGCUAAAAUUCCAGAAUCAAGUAUAGUGACAGAUUUGGCUGGUGAUACAAAGCAAGAAGUUAAAACCACACCUCUGGAAGAAGAAAAGGUUCAGAAAAUGCAAUCAGAAUCAGAUAAAGUUGAGGAUUCAAAGUCAGAACAUGAUUCUUUGGACAAACUGAUGAAAAAAGAUGAGAUAUCAGAACAACAUCGUCAUGCUGAACAAGAUAAAGUCAGCAAAGAGUUUGAGAAGAAAUUAUUAGAAGAAGAUGCAUCAAAAUUGUUGUCAGAGGAAGAAGAGGUUAAAGCCAAGUUGGAACAGGGAGCUGAAAGUACAUCUCUUCCAGAAUCAUCAGAAAAAAAGUUUGAGGCCUCAGAUCUGACUUGUAAAGAUCAAGUCAAGUUGAAAGAUGAAUCCCAAAAGGAUUUCAAGCAGUAUACAUCAUUUCACGAAACAGAUACUUUACCAUCAUCAGACAUUGGAUUCAAAUUAAAUUUAGAUUAUAAGGAAAAAUGCCUUGAGGAGAUAGCACAAGAACCAUUGACUGUAGACAAAACAAAAGACAGCAUGAAGUCAACUUAUGAAUCUACAUUUCCAACAAAAUUUUCAGAUGAAGAUGAAAGUACAGAGGAGGAUGAAGGAGACGCUGUUUGUAUGGGAGGAGCUGGUUCAAGACCAUUAUCAAUAGAACCCUGGAAGUCUGAGGUGCAAAAAGCUAGCAGUUCUGCACAACCUUUCACAUCUGAUAGUAUGAAAAAAGAGGAAAUUUUAGAAGAAAGAGAGUUGGCUAGAGAUUCAGGCGAAACAUCGGCAGAACUAGAGAAAGAAUCUAGGGUGGAUACCACCUCACCAACUCUUGCUCCUGCAGAUAAAAGCAGUACACCUGUAACAGAGAUUUCAAGUGAGAGCAAAGCAAUGAGCAUCAAACUGUCCUCUGGCGAUAAGUCAAGUGUUGAGGAUACUAAACAUGAAACAUCGCUCUCUUCAAAAGAGACUGCAAAACCAGAGAAGGAGGCUGAGCGGGAAAGGGAAGGAGAACGUGAGGUUGCCUCUCCAGGGUUUGAACCACAUUCAGAUUUUCAAAAAACUGCUAGCGUUGAUGAAAAAUGUGCUAAGAAGACUGACACUGACAAAAUGGAAUCCAAAAAGGAAAAGGAUGACAAGAUGACUUAUGAAGUGGAAAAAGAAAGCUACGAGGCUUCUAAAUACGAACCGUAUGAAAAGCCGAUCUCAAAAGACACUGAGAUAGAAAAAGUGGAAGAGAUUCAGCGUUGUAGUCUGGAUAUAGAUUUCGAUGACAAUAGAAUAGCAAGUCAGUCCCAUUUGCUUGGAGCUGCAUGCCCGGUAGAAGAACAAAGUGAUGAAGAACCAGUUUCUUUCAGUAAGGUUGAUUAUCAGACUUCAUUUACAGAGACUAGGACAAGUGUUCACAGCAGCCACAGUGCCUACUCAGAGCAUGAUAAUAAGGAACUAUACCGAGAGGAACAAUUGGUUGGGGAAGAGAGACAAGAUACAGUUUAUGUGGACAAUAGUUUGAGUUACGCAGAAACCUCAUCUACUGUAGGGUUGAGGUCGUUUGCCUCAAGCGAUUUGCAAGACAAAUCAGAAAAGUUGGAAAGAGAGGAGAAAGAGAAGGAGAAAGAGGACACACAAGGAGAAGAUGAAGGUCAUGCUAAAUUGUCACAAGAAUCUUGUACAUCCUCUAGUGUGAGCCAAUCUGAGAUGUCUGACCAUACAACACAUAAGACAUUGGCAACACCUAAAUCAGAUGACUUGGACAAGACCACCACUUCUGUUGAAAGUCAUGCAAUAGAGGCUUCCCCUCAACAAGGAAUUAUCUCACCAUCAGAAGAUGAGUCAAGUUGUCAGGGCCCAACACCGUCCUCAGCUUCCACCUACAGUGAGACCAAAACACAGAGUCAAAUCUCUAAAAGUGAAGCUAGUAAAGAGAAAAACAAAUUUGAUUCAGAUGAAUACAAAGAGGAAUCGUUUGGUUCUGGUCGGUACUCACCACCUGAGAAAGAAAUACCCUCUACCAGGUUGUUGCACGAAGAAGCAGAAUCUAGUGCCGCCACUCCUAGUGUUUCAGGACAAUCGAUGACUGUUGAUGACAAUGUUCUUUCAUUUGAGCGCGUUAGCAAAACCGAUUCCCCUACAAGCAAGUCAUUGAUGGUGAGUGGGGAGGCAGAGGAAUGCAUGGUCACAAGCCAGAAAAUACUUGCAGAAGAGGAAGAGUAUGAGGAUGAUGAAGAAGAGGAUGCAAGUGACUUGGAUAUUGAAAAGGGUGCAAGAGAGAUCUCUGAGAAAGAGUCCAAGGCAGCAUCUGAUGUCAGUGCUACAUCAAAAUCACCUGAGGUUAAUAAAGAGAAGACAAAAGAAAAAGAAGAAACCACUGAUGCUGUUGAAGUUGGAGCAGCUCAACAGGCAAGCACUGUUGGCCCAUCAUCUACAGAGAUGAAGGCACAGACAACAGAGCCUUCAGUAGGACAAGAAGAUCAACAUGAUGUAUGCAGCAAAGACGCUGAAGAAUCAAAAAAAAAAGACACUAUUUUGGCUCAAACUGACAUACUCAAGACCAGUGAUGACAAACAUGAACCACAGAAAGCUUCAGAUCACAAGCCUGAAGGCUCUGAAUCCCUGGCCACUGCUCAGACAGCCAUGUCUGAUCCAACCUACUCUUCCUCAUCAUCAUUCAGUUGCUCUUCUUCAACGUCUGCAUCAUAUUCAACUGGUCAACACCUUGGAGAAGGGCCAGACAUCCCAGUUACCAUUCUCAGUGCUCAAAUGAGGUCAGAUGGAGACAGUAUUUCAUACGAGUACUCAUCACUGAAAGAGGAAGAAUCGCCGAUCAUGGAUUUACCAUAUUUAAGUACUGGGGUUCAUUUAAAAGAUGAAUACAUGGAUGUUUCUGGUAGAUUUAUACCUGCUGCCGCAAUAACGGACUGCAGUCUUCCCAGGUUUUCUACCCUCAGUCCUUUAGAAGAAUCCAAAUCCUUUCUUCAAGAUCAAACAUCAUCAGCUGAGGAGAAGUCAGAGGAAGAGAUGUCCAGUCUUAAAUCUGACAGGGAACAUCUUUCUAAAUCUAAACAUGUAUCUGUAACAGAAACACACAGCUCAAAACUGCCAGAUUCAGCAGCGUCCAAGUCAGCACAGCCAACUGAGAUAGCAUCUGAUACAUCUCACAUGUUUAAUAUUGCACCUUUGCAGAAAGCUGACUCUGGUGACAAACACUCCAAGGAACAGUCUCCUGAUGAUGAGCCUGAAGAGAACAAACGUGAUUUUGAGGAGGGAACUUUACCUUGCAUAAUUGAGUGUGAUAGAUCUUCAACACCUGAUCAAAAAACAAGCAAAGUAUCAUUAACAGAGCAACCCACUGAUGUGAAAACCUCAACAACAAAACUUGAUCAGAACACAACAGAUGGAGCCCCAGAAGCAAUGAGCUCUCAAAAGGUUCCAUCCACGGUGUGUGAAAUACUCGGUACCAGCAUAGUCACUGAAGGUGUAAAGCAAGAGGGGGAAAUUAAGAUGUCAGGGGAAAUGAAACCCCAGACUGAGAAAACACAGGAGACGGCAGAGUUAAAAGAAGCAAAAGUGAGCAAGACGGAAUAUGAAGAGAAAAGUGAGAUGGAUGAAAAAGAAGUAAAGCCCAAAGCAACAGAGGAAGAAAAGACAAAACAUGAAGAGAAGGUUGAAAUGAGCUCGGAAAAGAAGGAAGAGUUUCUAGAUGACGGCAAGAAAGAAAAGUCAGAGAAGAAGAUGGAGAGUGAAAGAAAAGCUGAAGUCCUGUCAGAAGAACCAAACGAGAAGAUACAGAUGGAAAAGAUUGUGGAAAAGGAGGAAUCGAAAGCUAAGUCACAAUUAGAACAAUUAGAGGUGAAGAUAGAAAAAAACAGCGAGAAAACAGAUACAGUUGAGGCUAGCCAGCAUAGUACCCUUCCAUAUGCAAUGCAGCAUGAGGAUGUAAUAUAUAUAAAGGCUCCACCUGGCUAUGGGGAAGAUGUUUAUGAAGGUAUGGAGGAGGAAGACGACGAGGUGAUAAAACAUGGCUCAAAAGAACAUCAGUCAACUCCACCUUUGGCUCAUUCAUCAGGAGACCAGGCCUCUUGCCCCGAGGACUCCAAAAAGUCAGACGAGGGACCCACUCGACCCUCUGACCUCUGCAUGGAAGCCACAUCCUCUCAUUCACCUUCACUCUUCAAACACCGUAAGGGAGACAUCUCUCCGUCCUUUAUUAACCCAAGUCCACAUGAACUGUCCAGUGAGGAGGGAGAGGAAGAUGCCAGAAGUGAUCGCUCAAGGGAGGAUGAUGGUGAUGAGCAUGGGCAGCACUCCAUCAAGAGGAGAUCUCAUAAACAGCAGCAUCGUCAUUCCCAAAGUCGCCCAGAAGAUGCCAAGGAAGCUUCACACAGCCUUCCAGGUGGUACUGCGAGUGGCGUUCUGUUAGCUGGGGAAGAAACUCCCCCUACAUCUUUGAGUGAGUCGAUCCCAUCUCAGUCUGACUCAGACGUUCCUCCAGAGACUGAAGAAUGUCCGUCAAUUACAGCAGAAGGAAAUCUUGACUCUGAUGAAGACGCAGAGCAUCUGCCAGUAGACAAGAUGUCCGCCGCUGGUAGCAGUGGAGGAAGCCAUCAUUCCUCCUCCCCAAGGAGUCACGAUCCCCCACCCGUCCCAAUGAAAGACCCUCUUCCCCACCCACCUCACCCUGACGUGUGCAUGGUCGACCCGGAUGCGCUUCUCAAUGGUCAGACGCACACAGAACGACCAGUGAAGAAAGACCUCAAAACCGGUAGAGGCUUGAGGAAGACGCUUGGGAAAUCGGCAUCACCUGCACGUAAAGGAGAAACGAAAAGCAGAAGAUCUACCACCCCUGUGAAGCACACAUCCAAAGACUCCUCGCCUCAUAUUCCUUCUCUGAAAAGAAAAGAUUCCGAAAGAGCAUUUCGUUUGUCCAAGAUGGCCGAGACACAGGGAUCAAGGGGAGACGUGUUUACCUCCGCAAAAGGAUUAGUCAAUGGAGUUAAGAGUAAUGCAGGUUCUAACCAGAAGUCGAGCACUGGAACUUCACCGGUAUACGUUGAUCUAGCUUACAUUCCCAAUCACUGCAGUGCUAAAAAUGUCGAUCAAGAGUUUUUCAAGAAGGUGCGUGCCGCAUACUAUGUCAUUAGUGGAAAUGACCUGGGUAGUGGUGAACCCAGCCGUGCUGUUCUUGAUGCACUGCUAGAGGGCAAAGCACUGUGGGACACUAACCUUCAGGUGACUUUAAUUCCGACCCAUGACACAGAGGUAACUCGGGACUGGUAUCAGCAGACCCAUGAAAAACAGCAGGAUCUGAAUAUAAUGGUGUUGGCCAGCAGCAGCACAGUGGUCAUGCAAGAUGAAUCUUUCCCUGCCUGCAAAAUAGAAUUUUGAGUUAGUUUUCCAUUUAGAGCUCACCAUUCAUUUCUUAUUCAUUUCUAAUCUUUUAGAUUUAGGUUACUUCAACUCUCAGCUUUCCAUCAGCUACCAUUUACUAUAGUUUGUACUCUAAUCCUGAAAGGCAACAAAAUCCUAGUGCUGUCAAAAUACUUCUUAUGAGCUUUGUUAAUGAUUUAAGCUGUUGUAAUUUCAUUUCUGAUCGCAUCUGCAAUGCUUUGGCAGAAAAUUGAAUGUUCACUAGCUAGCGGCUAUGACAAUAUACAUAUAUAAUGUUCAUAGGCUACGUUUAUCUGUGUAUCUGAAUUGCAAAUUGAGUUCUCAACAUGAUAACAUAAAGUGACUAAAAUUUUGACCUCUAAUGCCCAUAAAUUGAAUUCGAAGCACAAAAAUGCUUUAAUAGAACAUCUGAUUAUUGUUCCAUGUCCUUGAUUUUGAGCACAUAAACAUGUUAACAAUACUGUCUGUAAAACAAUAUAAGGACAUCCAAAAUUAAGGAGUUAAAGGUUCACCGAAUACCAGCAACUGAAAAAAAAGCAUACACUAAACUGCUAAUCCAAAGGGGAUCAGUGCCAAAUUAUUAACACCAGUUAUCUCAAAAUCGGUGUACAAGUACAUGAGAUUCAAUAGAAUGAAGUAUAUUUUAGUCUAAUAACCUGGUCUCAAUGUAGUGAUAGCCCUGGAAAAACACAAAUAUGAAGGAUUGUGCUUGAAGAAUCUGCAGCUGAGUAGGUUAGUGAACAGUAUUUUGAUAUUACAAUCAUUUUACUCUAAAGCGUGAUGCUUCCCUACUUCAGACUGGGUACAAUAACAGUUGCUAUGUUAUUUAAAGACUGUACAGUGUCUCUUAAACUAACAACUUAAACUAAAAGCAAGAGCAACAUUACACACCAAUGAAGUAGACUGCCAUAAUAGACAAUUACACAAUGUUCUGUUGCUUGAGUGAAGAGUUGAAUUUUGAAUGAAAUGUGAAUGGCCCUCAAUAAUGUUAUAAAUAUUCAAGACUUAUUCCUAAAUCUUAGAUUCCCUCAGUCCACAAGCACUUUAGGUUGUAUAGUCUGUUUGUUGAUUAAAUUUCACUGUGUUGUGGAGAGAGUAAAAAAGGUUUCAGUGGUUGUUGUGAGAGCAGACAGUGAGGUUUCUCUCCUGUGCCUUUUGCACGGCCCAUUUAGAAACAAGACUGUUGUUUGACUAGGAAAUUGCCGGCUUGCGCAUACAAAACAAAUCUUUUUAGAAUAGCAAUUAUUUAUUUUUAGAAUUAGAAAGCCUCAUCACUUAUUUAAGUUUGUGCUGAUAAGCGUCAGAUGUUUAUACUUAUAGCAUCAUGUUGCACCAAGUAUGAUUGCACUUUUAUCUAAUGAAGAAGUGGGUUUGGUAGGUAGGUAGCAUCUUAAACUACACAUUAAUUUAUUUUAAAAAGCAGAUAUUAAACUUUUAAUCAAAAAAGAGGGGACGUUGGAUAUUUUUUUAUCUGACAGUAGAAUGAAAAACUACUUUAGCUAGCUAGUAUCUAAUAAAUUAAAUGUUAUUGAUUACAAAAACUCAAAUACCAAAAUGAGAUUGUGUAUUUUAACAGACAGUUUUUGUUGCUAACAUUAAUUGGAUUUUUUGUGGAGCCCCAUUGGAGCCCCAUUGCCUCUUUAAAAUGUGUACGGGACUUCCUAUUAUUUCUUUAAAUAUACUACAGUACAUUAAGGGUGAAACAGUGGCUCUACGUGUUUAACUGCAUUUUGGGCAUCUUAAUUAUCUUGGUCUCCGUUACUUAAAACAACACAUUUAGGCCUCACUGGAAAAUGUAUAUUUUGGUUUAUUUAAAAGUAGCCUUGAUAAAGAGCAGGCGCCAUUUGUUUCUCCAAACAAAACUCUUUACUCCUCUAUUUCACAUUGUGCAAACCUCCCAAAUAUUUUAGUCCAUCUAAUACAGUAGUUGCUUCUUUACAGUAUGUAUUCAGUAUUACACAUUGUAGUUGACUUCAUAUUCAUGUUAUAUGACAGCAGUUAAGAUAUCUUUGGGGUGACUGAGUGGUCAGAUAUAUGCUUACUAGCUUACUGUGAAUGCAUACAACAGACAUGGAGGUCAAAUGCUAAGAAUUUACCUGUAGCUCCCCCAAAAAAAGAGUAGCUUUGGAAAUAAACUAGUUUUAGUUAUAAAUUGUAUUAUGUUAAAUAUACAUUCACGUAUAAACAUUCAAAUUAAUCAUACCAAUAUACAGAAAUAAAAGGCAAACUGAGACCAAAUUGUUUUUUUUAUCUUUUUUUGUGGGGUGGAUAUUUCAUAUUUAUUUUCAAAUACCUGGCCUUAGUAACAACAAGUACUAUGUAGUCUUGUUUAGCUGUGAUUUCUUUACACAAAACUAUUUUUGUGCUAAAGACGAAUACGCUAACUUGAAAUAAUAUAUUUGAAUGUAAAGGUUGCUUUGCUGGACUUGUUUCAUCAAGGCAAAAUAUGCACACGGCACAGACAAACCUCUCAGAAAGAAGUGGGUGGGUUUGAAUGAGGAAUGACUCAUGUCAAAUGUCACUAUGUUUAGCUAUUAAUUAGUUAGGGACUCGCUUACAAUAAUAUUCCAAAACGCUGGUUUGCAGAGUUCUGUUUUACGACCACUAAUAACCGAAUACACUACGGAUGUAAGGUUUAACUUUAACUAAUAUGACUUGAAAUGGCAAAACAGAAUCAAAACAAAUGGCGUUAUCCUAUACAUACUAUUCAAGAUAGAAGUUCUACGGUCACUGUAAUUUACUUCGAAAAGUUAACAAAGACUAAAGAUACAGUACCUCUUCAAUACAUGUUAGUUCAAAUAAAUCCUCCAAGUACUGUACAUCUUUUUAUCAUGUGAUGGAUUCAUUUGAUCAUGUGAUGGAUUCAUUUGAUCAUAUGUCAUGUAUCCGUAUCCAUCUUUUGCAUGUGACCUUAUUAGUUGUACGCCUGAAUGUAAUUGUUUAAUGAUCAGAAUUGAAACAAAACUAUUUUAAGAUAUAUUUGAACAAGCUAAUUGUCUCUAUGGUACUGAAAUAUGCAUAUUAUCGGGCUUGGCUUCUGUUUGCCCUAAGAUGUUGUUGAGAAGAUGCUGUGAUAUUUACUUGUUCUUUGGCGCUGUAUGAAUCUUAGUUCUCUUAUUUCUUAGUGCAAUAUUCCACAUUCUGUAUUUAAAUGCUCAAAAGUAGAUUUCUGCUGAUUUACUGUAAAGGGAACCAUCCCGGUGAUCAUCAUUAAAAAACAUUUAGCAAAA